GAAAUAUUGGAUACUUCGAAAGCUCAUAUUCAUCAUUCUUGAUCCACACUCGUCACUACCACCCCCAACACUCAUUCAACCUGGAAACACUGGUAGUGCAUAGUCUCCAUGAUGUGCAAGGUCGACACUCUACGUUUCAGAUGUUCACAUCGUGCGAUAAUCAAAAAGUCCGAAUGCGGUGGAGUCCACAGAUUAGUCUAUGAUGAUGGAACCCCAAGCCUCACUCCAGCCUGCAUUCCGGAUACCAGCUGGAUUAUCUCCAUGGAGAGUAACUGCAUGCUAUGCCAGGCUGCGGAAAAGAACAAAGAGUACGACAGACAGUUGAAUCUGGCCGUAGGGUUCACCCAAUUUGUGGCACAGCGCCGAGACCCGGUCCUAAAUAGGGCUGUCUGGGUGUUGUAUGAUGAACUUCGAGAUUCAAUCAACAAAAAGAAAUACGCUAUUGGCCGCAUCCAAGCAUGCUGCUGUGGCAAAGUCUUUAUCCAGAAGACUACAAUCCAGGGAAAACGUAGCAGCACACGGAGGACCUCCCUGCUGCGCGAGGAAGUCACACAUCCAGAUCACGGGUCCGUCGUUGAAGAUGAAUCAGAGGGCGAGACCACUGCGUCUGAUGAUGACUCUAUCGACAAGCUGACAUUGAUACCCACCGUAGCCGUCCAGCACAUCGGUGAAAACGCUCCCGAGCAAAUGGACGAAACUCCAGUAGAGAACGCGAUGGACCAGGACACAGGUGUCGAUACUAUAUCGCAAUUCACGCCGAUCAACACGCCAGCAAACGUCCAACCCAGCCAGGAAGACCACGAGCCGAUGAUCGAAAACCACGAGCCAAUGGAUGAAGACGCUGAACCAAUGAUCGAAUACGACAUACCAAUGCUCGAAGAUGACGAGGAUCUCUCGCCUCCCUUAGACGGUUCUCCAGAGCAACAUCACGAAGGCAACAAUCCGCCCACCACACAGUCCGAGGAAACUGCCCACAGUGCUGCCAACCCUGAAGCCAACGUCACUCCCACAGCACCGCACGAACCCCCAGAGCCCUCAUCGAGCAUGUCAACCUCGACCGUCUCCGAAGAAUCCGUCGGCAUCGAUCCCAACAAUCUAGAACAACAAAUACGCAUCAAGGUCAUGACGGGAAUGUUCUGGGAUACUGUAAAUGGCAAGAUACCAUUACCACUUCCACCAAGGGGUAGAUCUGCAUACACUACCCCUGCGUUUGCUGCACAAGCACAAGCAGGAAGUUCCUCGUCUGCUUCUCAACGGGUCGCUGGGGGGACGGAGAGUAUGGAUACGUCUGGGUAACUGUCUGUCUGUCUGUCUGUCUGUUCGUUUUGUAUCGAGAGUGAAAUAGAGG